CUGGGACAAUGAGCGCUCCGGCUGAGGAAAGUGACGUCACGUAUACGCGACGUCACAACACGGGGAAAAAAACAAUGGAGCAAGAGGAGAGAGUCCUGUUUUCAAUUUAUUCUCAGAUUGUGUCAGCUAAAGAAAAUAUUAAGACCAGUGCAUCGUGCUUUCUCUCUUUAUCACAUGUGCAACGCUUGUCAACGCUUGCCACAUGGGCUUGCCCUUAUCACAGCUACACCUACUUGCACUCAGAUGAGUGCCACCUCAAGAUGAAUGAAGUGCCACACACAAAUACAGGCUGCUGACGCCGUGACCGCCUUUAUCAGUGCCAUGGAAAAGCCAAAUGACCCAGAGGUCAAGUUCAAGGCGAAGAAGGAAACCGCCUCUCCUGUCAUUGUGGCCAGAGGACAGUGGUCCAACAAGAUUGAGUUCCUUCUUGCAGUUGCUGGACAAAUCAUUGGACUUGGAAAUGUUUGGCGAUUUCCUUACUUGUGCUACAAAAAUGGAGGCGGAGUCUUUUUUGUCCCUUAUGUACUCUUCCUCUUCACAUGUGGCAUCCCUCUGUUUCUACUGGAGACAGCUCUCGGCCAGUACACCAAACAGGGCGCCAUUACCUGCUGGAAGCAAAUCUGUCCCCUUUUUUCAGGAAUGGGUUAUGGAAGUCAGGUGGUAGUUUUAUACUCCAGCAUCUAUUACAUCAUCAUAUUGGCGUGGGCAUUCUUGUACCUCUUCUCUUCCUUCAGCUCUGAGCUUCCGUGGGCAAGCUGCAGCAACAGCUGGAACACAGAGACGUGUGUGGAGUUCAGUCAAAGACGUGUUCUCAACUGGACUGCGGCAGAAAACGCAACAUCCCCUGUGAGGGAGUUUUGGGAGAGAAGAGUACUGAACGUGACGGGAAGCGUCGAGGAGUUGGGCGGGUUUCGAUGGGAGUUGGCGCUGUGUCUACUUUUGUCUUGGGUCAUCUGCUACUUUUGCGUGUGGAAAGGAGUGAAGUCCACAGGAAAGGUUGUGUAUUUCACGGCCACGUUUCCGUACUUGAUGUUGGCCGUGCUGCUUGUCCGUGGGCUGACGCUGCCCGGGGCCAUAGAUGGCAUCAAAUUUUACCUCUACCCCGAACCAUCCCGCCUGGCUGAUCCACAGGUCUGGAUGGACGCCGGCACGCAAAUAUUUUAUUCUUAUGCGAUUUGCAUCGGUUGUUUGACGGCACUUGGAAGUUAUAACAAGUACAACAAUAACUGUUACAAAGACUGCAUCUACUUGUGCCUCCUGAACAGCGGGACCAGUUUUGUGGCCGGUUUUGCAAUCUUCUCAGUUCUUGGAUUCAUGGCUUAUGAGCAAAACACAGACAUAUCCAAAGUAGCGGAAUCAGGUCCCGGCCUGGCCUUCAUCGCUUACCCUCGAGCUGUGGCCAUGAUGCCGUUUCCACAGAUUUGGGCCAUUUUCUUUUUCAUCAUGAUCAUCCUGCUCGGAUUGGACAGUGAGUUUGUAGGUCUGGAAGCUCUUGCAACCGGCAUUUGUGACCUGAAACCUUCCUUUUUCCACGUCGGCCAUAGACGCAAACUACUUUUGCUCUUCAUCAGUGUUUUCUGUUUCUUUAUCGGCCUCGUAAUGGUCACUGAAGUAAGGCAGAAUCAUCUUUACUUUUUGUGGUUCCUUCGAUUUUUUUUUUUUCUUUUUCUUUCCAUUCUAAAGUUGUCUCCUUUCACACAGGGUGGAUUGUACAUCUUUCAAUUGUUUGACUAUUACUCCUGCAGCGGGAUGACUCUGCUUCUCUUUGCCAUAUUUCAGUCUGUGUCUGUUGGGUGGGUUUAUGGAGCAGAUCGUUUCUAUGACAACAUUGAGGACAUGAUUGGAUACAGGCCUUUACCGCUGAUUAAACACUGCUUGAAAUAUGUCACCCCGGUAAUCUGCAUGGGAACAUUUUUCUUCUCCUUGGUGAAAUACAAACCUCUGAAGUUCAACAACACCAUUGAGUAUCCGUGGUGGGGUUAUGCUUUGGGUUGGUGGUUCACUCUGUCUUCCACACUCAACGUUCCUUUAUGGAUGGUGUACAACUUGAUGACCACUUCCGGGACACUUCGUCAGCGCUUCGCCAUCCUUUGUACGCCGUCUGAUCGUUUGGCGCCCAAGAAAGUACUUGAAAUGCAGCACGUAACGCACAAAUCCGAUGUCAUAUUGUGAAAACACGGAGCACUUCCAUUGAACACUCUGAGGCACAACUUGAACACCAAAGCUGCCAUUUUUCACAUUCACAUUCAAAACGAGCUGUACUAGGUUAGAAAUAACCUCAGUGCCUCAUUGUUUGCCCAUUCCUAUCCUCCAUUAUUUGAUGGUUUACAUAAAGGGAAUUUAAAAAAUAGGGAAGGUUGUAUAAAGUUUUGCCAAUAGCAACUGCAAUAAUGAAAAUGAUAUACUCAGCUUCAAAAUGUUUAGUUUUUGAUAGGAUAAAAUCGUCUCUAGUUACCGAGAACAAGAACAUAGACAAUAACAAGCAAAACCAUUUUCAUGAUUUUUUAUUACAAGCAUAGGGUCAAAUUUAUGAUGCUGAUUUUUUGUCAGUACUAUACAACCUCGAACGUGGAAUAAAACAAAAGCGUUGAGUCGUGACAAAA